AUGUCAAGACUGGCCGACGACAGUCGUGGAAACUUUGCGGACGCACUGAUCGUAGAAGAAUCCGUCUCUGGACAGUGGGUCAAGACCGUCUCCCCCGACACCUGGGACAAAGAUGCUGUUGUCGUGGACCAACCAGACGAGAGUCUGCGGAGCGGUCUUACUCCACAUUGUACGGUCGGAAGUCCGAGAAGGAGUUCAGAUCCCAUCUCCGAGAACCUCACCCUUCUGCCUGAGUUCAGUGUAUGUCACAAUACUCCUGAACACCACGUUGGAGAGAUCCCCCCACCAGGAGGGCUGGAAGAGAUGGCCGUAGGAUUUCAUGAUCUCAAACAUCACAGUCCAGAGUCAGCAGACUACGCGGAUCUCUCCCAGGACUCUCUCCCUCCCCCGACAACGACAAACACCGUCUCCGUGGAUACGACAGACGGCAGACCGGUUGCCGUGGAAACCUCCGGCAAGCCUCGUACGGCUUCAGUCUCCUCCUCUUCGCGUGCACCACCACCACCACUGCCACAACCAGUUGCUACCGGUGACGGCGGGGGCAGAGGGAAGGUGAGGAGAGAGAGGAAGGGAGGGAGGGGAGGGAAGGGAGAGGACGCCAUAUCGCAGGUCUCCUCUCUCAUGCCAGACACAGACCUGGCUCGUUUCAAGGCCUCCAAGAGAGCCAUCACCCGUACCCCUGAACAGGUCCUCUUCCAGUCGCUCAUCAUCAAGUGUGUCGUGCAGCUAGAACUGAUUCAGGCCAUCGACAACAUCCUCUUCUUCCCCAACACCAGUCGCCACGACGACCAGGCCAUCCUACAAUUUGCUCAGUCGGUUGCCGUGGACACCCCAAGCCCCGCCCCCAGCCGAGGGGAGGGGGAGGGGAUGUUUGGCCGACUGAGCACCCCUCAGCUCUUUGUCCUCCUCGAUUGCCUUGACGAGAGCCACAUGUUUGCUUCUGCCUUCAACUGCAACAACGAACAACGAACACUCCUCAUGAAGGCCGGGUUCAGAGGUCGUACGAGGCCCAACCUCCUGAGACAAGAGACACAGAGUCUCGUAUGUUCGUUGAGGGUCCUCUACCAUAUGUUGGAGGACGAGGAGAGAGAGGAGAGCAUGACUGCCGUGACGAGAGCUCUGGGCUACUUCCUACUGCUGUCCAGUGAGAUGCACAGAGAGUCAUGGACGCCUGUUCUUCUCCUCAUCUUCACCAGACUGCUGACACUACACCAUCAUCAGUUCAAACAACACGUCUCGGCUUGUUAUCACCACCUCUGCGAUCUGGUUACCAUGGAGCUAAAGUUCGAAGUUCGCUCGCUCCUCCGACGAAUAUUCAUCCGGAUUGGUCGAGACUUCCAAAUAGUGCCCGUUACUAGCUCUGUUUCAAACAUUUCCACUGAAUAG